AUGUGCACUUCCAUCCCUCAAGUCCGAUGUGAAGCUACUCAGAAGAGACAUGUUGUGCGGGUUUAUAAAAAGAAACCGCCUGGCCAACUUCGCUGUGGGCCGCAUAUUUCGAGGCCCGGGCUGAAUCCUAUGAUGCCUUGGGGGAGUGAGGGCGUCGGAGGAGGAUCCUCAGAACGCACCGCGCACCUCGUCGAAAAGCUGCUGCCCCAUGGUCCUCCGCCUGUUCCCAUCACCCCCAGCCUGCCAGGCACACGCCAGCCGGUCAAGGCUCCCGGUAGCAGUUCGCUGCGCCAAGCUUGGCCCACGAGCCACCCGACUCCCGCCCCGAGGAGCGAACCUGGCCAUUGGAACAACGCCAACUGGAAUGCCAUGAAGUACUUGAUCGACUUGUCCGAGAACGUCAUCCCGGGCGCUUCGUCGUUGUUAGUCGGGGCGCCCGUGGAGAGUGCAAUCUUGUACUGUCCCACACUCACUGCACAGCCCGAUUGCGUAACCUACAGCGUAUUUCCUGGGACCCCACUGCAUCUCAACGAUGCGGAGGUUGUACAGCGCCAUGGCUCCAAAGAGCACUUCGGACGAGUUGGUAUAGCACAGUUGCCAUAUCAGCGCCCGCCAUGUUUGGCGGUAUUGCAAGAUGUGCGUCCCGACCGAGAUAUAGAAGUAGUGCUUGAUAUCGAAGAGGGUGGCCCCGAUCGAAGCCCCAAUCAGCCCCAUCACCAGGACGCGAGUCACGGGCGUACUCGAAAACGACAUGGCUACCGAUUUCUUUUAAAUUCUUCCUUGACAGGUCGGAACUUGGGAUCCUGCUACUUGGACAUGAUAUAUGUCGAAAGCAAUGGAAGCGCGCCCGGUGGAGGAUAA